AUGGGCUUCCUGUGCUUGCGCUUCCUCUGCUUGCGCUCCUCUGCUUGUGCUUCCUCUGCUUGUGCUUCCUCUGCUAGCGCUUCCUCUGCUUGUGCUUCCUCUGCUUGCGCUUCCUCUACUUGUGCUUCCUCUACUUGCGCUUCCUCUGCUUGCGCUUUCUUUGCUUGCGCUUCCUCUACUUGCGCUUCCUCUGCUUGCGCUUCCUAUGCCUGUGCUUCCUCUACUUGCGGUUCCUCUGCUUGUGCUUCCUCUACUUGCGCUUCCUCUGCUUGCGCUACCUUUGCUUGCGCUUCCUCUUCUUGCGCUUCCUCUGCUUGCGCUUCCUCUGCUUGCGCUCCUCUGCUUGUGCUUCCUCUGCUUGUGCCUCGUCUGCUUGUGCUUCCUCUGCUUGCGCUUCCUCUGCUUUUGCUUCCUCUGCUUGCGCUUCCUCUGCUUGUGCUUCCUCUGCUUUUAUGCUUCCUCUACUUGCGCUUCCUCUGCUUGUGCUUCCUCCGCUUGCGCUUCCUCUUCUUGUGCUUCCUUUGCUUGCGCUUCCUCUGCUUGCGCUCCUCUGCUUGUGCUUCCUCUGCUUGUGCUUCCUCUGCUUGUGCUUCCUCUUCUUGCGCUUCCUCUGCUUGUGCUUCCUCUGCUUGCGCUUCCUCGGCUUGUGCUUCCUCUACUUACGCUUCCUCUGCUUGCGCUUCCUCUGCUCGCGCUUCCUUUGCUUGUGCUUCCUCUGCUUGUGCUUCCUCUGCUUGUGCUUCCUCAACUUGCGCUUCCUCUGCUUGCGCUUCCUCUGGUUGUGACUCCUUAGCUUCCGCUUCCUCUGCUUGCGCUUCCUCUGCUUGUGCUUCCUCUUCUUGCGCUUCCUCUGCUUGCGCUUCCUGUGCUUGCGCUCCUCUGCGUGUGCUUCCUCUGCUUGUGCUUCCUCUGCUUGCGCAUCCUCUGCUUGUGCUUCCUCUUGUGUUUCCUAUGCUUGUGCUUCCUCUACUUGCGCUUCCUCUGCUUGAGCUUCCUCUGCUUGCGCUUCCUCUGCUGUUACUUCCUCUGCUUGUGCUUCCUCUGCUUGUGCUUCCUCUGCUUGCGCUCCUCUGCUUGUGCUUCCUCUGCUUGUGCUUCCUCUACUUGCGCAUCCUCUGCUUGUGCUUCCUUUGCAUGCGCUUCCUCUGCGUGUGCUUCCUCUGCUUGCGCUUCCUCUGCUUGCGCUCCUCUGAUUGUGCUUCCUCUGCUUGUGCUUCCUGUGCUUGUGCUUCCUCUUCUUGUGCUUCCUCUGCUUGCGCUUCCUCUGCUUGUUCUUCCUCUACUUAUGCUUCCUCUGCUUGCGCUUCCUCUUCUUGUGCUUCCUCUGCUUGUGCUUCCUCUUCUUGUGCUCCUCUGCUUGUGCUUCCGUUGCUUGUGCUUCCUCUGCUUGUGCUCCCUCUUCUUGCGCUUCCUCUGCUUGUGCUUCCUCUGCUUGCGCUUCCUCUGCUUGUGCUUCCUCUGCUUGUGCUUCCUCUGCUUGUUCUUCCUCUGCUUGCGCUUCCUCUGCUUGCGCUUCCUCUGGUUGUGACUCCUCAGCUUGCGCUUCCUGUGUGUGCGCUUCUUCUACUUGGGCUUCCUCUGCUUGCGCUUCCUGUGCUUGCGCUUCCUCUGCUUGCGCUCCUCUACUUGUGCUUCCUCUGCUUGUGCUUCCUCCGCUUGCGCUUCCUUUGCUUGCGCUUCCUCUGCUUGUGCUUCCUCUGCUUGUGCUCCCUCUGCUUGCCCUUCUUCUGCUAUUGCUUCCUCUGCUUGUGCUUCCUCUUCUUACGCUUCCUGUGCUUGUGCUUCCUCUGCUUGCGCUUGCUCUCCUUACGCUUCCUCUGCUUGAGCUCCUCUGCUUGUACUUCCUCUGCUUGUGCUUCCCCUGCUUGCGCUUCCUCUGCUUGUGCUUCCUCUCCUUGCGCUUCCUCUGCUUGUGCUUCCUCUGAUUGCGCUUCCUCUGCUUGUGCUUCCUCUGCUUGUGCUUCCUCUGCUUGUGCUUCCUCUUCUUGCGCUUCCUCUGCUUGUGCUUCCUCUACUUGCGCUUCCUCUGCUUGUGCUUCCUCUGCUUGUGCUUCCUCUGCAUGUUCUUCCUCUGCUUGCGCUUCCUCUGCUUGCGCUUCCUCUGGUUGUGACUCCUCAGCUUGCGCUUCCUCUGCGUGCGCUUCCUCUGCUUGUGCUUCCUCUGCUUGCGCUUCCUGUGCUUGCGCUUCCUCUGCUUGCGCUCCUCUACUUGUGCUUCCUCUGCUUGUGCUUCCUCUGCUUGCGCUUCCUAUGCUUGUGCUUCCUCUGCUUCCGCUUCCUCUACUUGUGCUUCCUCUGCUUGCGCUUCCUCUGCUUGUGCUUCCUUUGCUUGUGCUUCCUCUGCUUGCGCUUCUUUGCUUGUGCUUCCUAUGCUUGUGCUUGCUCUACUUGCGCUUCCUCUGCUUGUGCUUCCUCUGCUUGCGCUUCUUCUGCUGUUGCUUCCUCUGCUUGUGCUUCCUCUUCUUGCGCUUCCUGUGCUUGUGCUUCCUCUGCUUGCGCUUGCUCUCCUUACGCUUCCUCUGCUUGAGCUCAUCUCCUUGUACUUCCUCUGCUUGUGCUUCCCCUGCUUGCGCUUCCUCUGCUUGUGCUUCCUCUCCUUGCGCUUCCUCUGCUUGUGCUUCCUCUGCUUGGGCUCCUCUGCUUGUGCUUUCUCUGCUUGUGCUUCUUGCUUGUGCUUCCUCUUCUUGCGCUUCCUCUGCUUGUGCUUCCUCUACUUGCGCUUCCUCUGCUUGCGCUUCCUCUGCUUGCGCUUCCUCUUCUUGCGCUUCCUUUGCUUACGCUUCCUUGCUUGUGCUUCCUCCGCUUACGCUUCCUUUGCUUGUGCUUCCUUUGCUUACGCUUCCUCUGCCUGCGCUCCUCUGCUUGUGCUUCCUCUGCUUGUGCUUCCUCUGCUUGCGCUUCCUCUGCUUAUGCUUCCUCUACUUGCGCUUCCUCUGCUUGCGUUCUCUGCUUGCGCUUCCUCUGCUUGCGCUCCUCUGCUUGUGCUUCCUCUGCUUGCGAUUCCUCUGCUUGCGCUUCCUUUGCUUGCGCUUCCUCUGCUUGCGCUCCUCUGCUUGUGCUUCCUGUGCUUGUUCUUCCUUUGCUUGCGCUUCGUCUGCUUGUGCUUCCUAUGCUUGCGCUUCCUCUGCUUGCGCAAAUCCUCUCCUUGCGCUUCCUCUGCUUGCGCUUCCUUUGCUUGCGCUCCUCUACUUGUGCUUCCUCUGCUUGCCCUUCCUCUGCUUGUGCUUCUUGUGCUUGCGCCUCCUCUGCUUGUGCUUCCUCUUCUUGCGCUUCCUCUGCUUGCACUUCCUCUGCAUGCGCUUCCUCUGCUUCUGCUUCCUCUACUUAUGCUUCCUCUGCUUGUGCUUCCUCUGCUUGCACUUCCUCUACUUGUGCUUCCUCUCCUUGCGCUUCCUCUGCUUGCGCUUCCUCUGCUUGCGCUUCAUCUUCUUGCGCUUCCUCUGCUUGCGCUUCCUCUGCUUGCGCUUCCUCUGCUUGCGCUUCCUCUGCUUGCGCCUCCUCUGCUUGGGCUCCUCUAAAUGGGCUUCCAAUGCUUGUGCUUCCUCUACUUGCACUUCGUCUGCUUGUGCUUCCUCUGCUUGCGCUUCCUCUGCUUUCGCUACCCCUACUUGUGCUUCCUAUGCUUGUGCUUCCUCUGCUUGUGCUUCCUAUGCUUGUGCUUCCUCUGCUUGUGCUUCCUCUGCUUGUGCUUCCUCUUCUUGCGCUUCCUCAGCUUGCGCUCCUCUGCUUGCGCUUCCUUUGCUUUGGCUUCCUCUGCUCGUGCUUCCUCUGCUUGUGCUUCCUCUGCUUGCGCUCCUCUGCUUGCGCUUCCUUUGCUUGCGCUUCCUCUGCUUGUGCUACCUCUGCUUGUGCUUCCUACGCUUGUGCUUCCUCUGCUUGUGCUUCCUCUUCUUGCGUUUCCUCUUCUUGUGCUUCCUGUGCUUGCGCUUCCUUUGCUUCCGCUCCUCUGCUUGUGCUUCCUCUGCUUGUGCUUCCUCUGCUAGCGCUUCCUCUGCUUGUGCUUCCUCUACUUGUGCUUCCUCUACUUGUGCUUCCUCUACUUGCGCUUCCUCUGCUUGCUAUUCCUUUGCUUGCGCUUCCUCUACUUGCGCUUCCUCUGAUUGCGCUUCCUAUGCUUGUGCUUCCUCUACUUGCGCUUCCUCUGCUUGUGCUUCCUCUACUUGCGCUUCCUCUGCUUGCGCUUCCUUUGCUUGCGCUUCCUCUGCUUGCGCUUCCUCUGCUUGCGCUUCCUCUGCUUGCGCUCCUCUGCUUGUGCUUCCUCUGCUUGUGCCUCCACUGCUUGUGCUUCCUCUGCUUGCGCUUCCUCUUCUUGUGCUUCCUCUGCUUGUGCUUCCUCUUCUUGUGCUCCUCUGCUUGUGCUUCCUUUGCUUGUGCUUCCUUUGCUUGUGCUCCCUCUUCUUGCGCUUCCUCUGCUUGUGCUUCCUCUGCUUGCGCUUCCUCUACUUGUGCUUCCUCUGCUUGCGCUUCCUCUGCUUGCGCUUCCUCUGCGUGCGCUUCCUCUUCUUGUGCUUCCUCUGCUUGCGCUUCCUGUGCUUGCGCUUCCUCUGCUUGCGCUCCUCUACUUGUGCUUCCUCUGCUUGUGCUUCCUCUGCUUGCGCUUCCUCUGCUUGUGCUUCCUCUGCUUCCGCUUCCUCUACUUGUGCUUCCUCUGCUUGCGCUUCCUCUGCUUGUGCUUCCUUUGCUUGUGCUUCCUCUGCUUGCGCUUUUUGCUUGUGCUUCCUAUGCUUGUGCUUGCUCUACUUGCGCUUCCUCUGCUUGUGCUUCCUCUGCUUGCGCUUCUUCUGCUGUUGCUUCCUCUGCUUGUGCUUCCUCUUCUUGCGCUUCCUGUGCUUGUGCUUCCUCUGCUUGCGCUUGCUCUCCUUACGCUUCCUCUGCUUGAGCUCCUCUGCUUGUACUUCCUCUGCUUGUGCUUCCCCUGCUUGCGCUUCCUCUGCUUGUGCUUCCUCUCCUUGCGCUUCCUCUGCUUGUGCUUCCUCUGCUUGCGCUUCCUCUGCUUGCGCUCCUCUGCUUGUGCUUCCUCUGCUUGUGCUUCUUGCUUGUGCUUCCUCUGCUUGCGCUUCCUCUGCUUGUGCUUCCUCUACUUGCGCUUCCUCUGCUUGCGCUUCCUCUGCUUGUGCUUCCUCUUCUUGCGCUUCCUCUGCUUACACUUCCUUUGCUUGUGCUUCCUCCGCUUACGCUUCCUUUGCUUGUGCUUCCUUUGCUUACGCUUCCUCUGCCUGCGCUCAUCUGCUUGUGCUUCCUCUGCUUGUGCUUCCUCUGCUUGCGCUUCCUCUGCUUAUGCUUCCUCCACUUGCGCUUCCUCUGCUUGCGUUCUCUGCUUGCGCUUCCUCUGCUUGCGCUCCUCUGCUUGUGCUUCCUCUGCUUGCGAUUCCUCUGCUUGCGCUUCCUCUGCUUGCGCUUCCUCUGCUUGCGCUCCUCUGCUUGUGCUUCCUGUGCUUGUGCUUCCUUUGCUUGCACUUCGUCUGCUUGUGCUUCCUCUGCUUGCGCUUCCUCUGCUUGCGCUUCCUCUCCUUGCGCUUCCUCUGCUUGCGCUUCCUUUGCUUGCGCUCCUCCACUUGUGCUUCCUGUGCUUGCCCUUCCUCUGCUUCUGCUUCUUGUGCUUGCGCCUCCUCUGCUUGUGCUUCCUCUUCUUGCGCUUCCUCUGCUUGCACUUCCUCUGCAUGCGCUUCCUCUGCUUGUGCUUCCUCUACUUAUGCUUCCUCUGCUUGUGCUUCCUCUGCUUGCGCUUCCUCUACUUGUGCUUCCUCUGCUUGCGCUUCCUCUGCUUGCGCUUCCUCUGCUUGCGCUUCAUCUGCUUGCGCUUCCUCUGCUUGCGCUUCCUCUGCUUGCGCUUCCUCCGCUUGCGCUUCCUCUGCUUGCGCCUCCUCUGCUUGGGCUCCUCUAAAUGGGCUUCCAAUGCUUGUGCUUCUUCUACUUGCGCUUCCUCUGCUUGUGCUUCCUAUGCUUGUGCUUCCUCUGCUUGUGCUUCCUCUACUUGUGCUUCCUCUGCUUGUGCUUCCUCUGCUUGUGCUUCCUCUUCUUGCGCUUCCUCAGCUUGCGCUCCUCUGCUUGCGCUUCCUUUGCUUUGGCUUCCUCUGCUCGUGCUUCCUCUGCUUAUGCUUCCUCUGCUUGCGCUCCUCUGCUUGCGCUUCCUUUGCUUGCGCUUCCUCUGCUUGUGCUACCUCUGCUUGUGCUUCCUCCGCUUGUGCUUCCUCUGCUUGUGCUUCCUCUUCUUGCGCUUCCUCUUCUUGCGCUUCCUGUGCUUGCGCUUCCUCUGCUUUCGCUCCUCUGCUUGUGCUUCCUCUGCUUGUGCUUCCUCUGCUAGCACUUCCUCUGCUUGUGCUUCCUCUGCUUGCGCUUCCUCUACUUGUGCUUCCUCUUCUUGCGCUUCCUCUGCUUGCGCUUCCUCUCCUUGUGCUUCCUCUGCUUGCGCUUCCUCUGCUUGUGCUUCCUCUGCUUGUGCUUCCUCGAACUUUCGCUUCCUCUGCUUGCGCUUCUUCUGCUUGUGCUUCCUCUUCUUGCGCUUCCUCUGCUUGCGCUUCCUUUGCUUGUGCUCCUCUGCUUGUGCUUCCUCUGCUUGUGCUUCCUCUGCUUGCGCAUCCUCUGCUUGUGCUUCCUCUGCUUGCGCUUCUUUGCUUGUGUUUCCUAUGCUUGUGCUUCCUCUUCUUGCGCUUCCUCUGCUUGCGCUUCCUCUGCUUGCGCUUCCUCUGCUUGUGCUUCCUCUACUUGCGCUCCUCUGCUUAUGCUUCCUCUGCUUGUGCUUCCUCUGCUUGCGCAUCCUCUGCUUGUGCUUCCUCUGCUUGCGCUUCCUCUGUGUGUGCUUCCUCUGCUUGCGCUUCCUCUGCUUGCACUUCCUUUGCUUGCGCUUCCUCUGCUUGUGCUUCCUCUGCUUGUGCUUCCUCUGCUUGUGCUUCCUCUGCUUGCGCUCCUCUGCUUGUGCUUCCUCUGCUUGUGCUUCCUCUGCUUGCACUUCUUUGCUUGUGUUUCCUAUGCUUGUGCUUCCUCUACUUGCGCUUCCUCUGCUUGUGCUUCCUCUGCUUGCGCUUCCUCUGCUGUUGCUUCCUCUGCUUGUGCUUCCUCUUCUUGCGCUUCCUCUGCGUGCGCUUCCUCUGCUUGCGCUUCCUCUGCUUGUGCUUCCUCUGCUUGCGCUCCUCUGCUUGUGCUUCCUCUGCUUGUGCUUCCCCUGCUUGCGCAUCCUCUGCUUGUGCUUCCUCUGCUUGCGCUUCCUCUGCGUGUGCUUCCUCUCCUUGCGCUUCCUCUGCUUUCACUUCCUUUGCUUGCGCUUCCUCUGCUUGUGCUUCCUCUGCUUGCGCUUCCUCUACUUGUGAUUCCACUCCUUGCGCUUCCUCGGCUUGCGCUUCCUCUGAAGGUGCUUCCUUUGCUUGCGCUUCCUCCUCUUGUGCUUCCUCUGCUUGUGCUUCCUCUGCUUGCGCUUCCUUUGCUUGCACUUCCUCUGCUUGUGCUUCCUCUGCUUGCGCUUCCUCUGCUUGCUCUUCCUCUGCUUGUGCUUCGUCUGCUUGCGCUUCCUCUGCUUGUGCUUCCUCUUCUUACGCUUCUUCUGCAUGCGCUUCCACUGCUACUUGCGCUUCCUUUGCUUGUUCUUCCUCUGCUUGUGCUUCCUCUGCUUGUGCUUCCUCUGCUUGUGCUUCCUCUGCAUGUGCUUCCUCUACUUGUGCUUCCUCUAGUUGUGCUUCCUCUGCUUGCGCUUCCUCUGCUUGUGCUUCCUCUUCUUGUGCUUCCUCUGCUUGUGCUUCCUCUGCUUGCGUUUCCUCUGCUUGCGCUCCUCUCCUUGAGCUUCCGCUGCUUGUGCUUUCUCUACUAGCCCUUCCUCUGCUUGCGCUUCCUCUACUUGUGCUUCCUUGCUUGUGCUUCCUCUGCUUGCGCUUCCUCUGCUUGUGCUUCUUCUGCUUGUGCUUCCUCUACUUGCGCUUCCUCUGCUUGUGCUUCCUCUGCUUGCGUUUCCUCUGCUUGCACUUCCUCUGCUUGCGCUCCUCUUCUUGUGCUUCCUCUGCUUGCGCUUCCUCUGCUUGUGCUUCCUCUGCUUGCGCUUCCUCUGCUUGUGCUUCCUUUUCUUGUGCUUCCUCUGCUUGCGCUUCCUCUGCUUGCGCUUCCUCUGGUUGUGACUCCUCUGCUUGCGCUUCCUCUACUUGCGCUUCCUCUACUUGCGCUUCCUCUGCUUGCGCAUCCUCUGCUUGCGCUUCCUUUGGUUGCGCUUCCUCUGCUUGCGCUUCCUCUGCUUGUGCUCCUCUGCUUGUGCUUCCUCUGCUUGUGCUUCCUCUGCUUGUGCAUCCUCUGCUUGUGCUUCCUCUUCUUGCGCUUCCUCUGCUAUUGCUUCCUCUGCUUGCGCUUCCUCUGCUUGCGCUUCCUCUGCUUGCGCUUCCUUUGCUCGCGCUUCCUCUACUUGUGCUUCCUCUGCUUGUGCUUCCUCUGCUUGUGCUUCCUAUGCUUGUGCUUCCUCUACUUGCGCUUCCUCUGCUUGUGCUUCCUCUGCUUGCGCUUCGUCUGCUGUUGCUUCCUCUGCUUGUGCUUCCUCUUCUUGCGCUUCAUGUGCUUGUGCUUCCUCUACUUGCGCUUGCUCUCCUUACGCUUCCUCUGCUUGUGCUUCCUCUGCUUGCUCUGCCUUUGCUUACGCUUCCUCUGCUUGAGCUCCUCUGCUUGUACUUCCUUUGCUUCUGCUUCCCCUGCUUGCGCUUCCUCUGCUUGUGCUUCCUCUGCUUGUGCUUCCUCUCCUUGCGCUUCCUCUGCUUGUGCUUCCUCUGCUUGCGCUUCCUCUGCUUGAGCUCCUCUUCUUGUGCUUCCUCUGCUUGUGCUUCCUCUGCUAGCGCUUCCUCUGCUGGUGCUUCCUCUGCUUGCGCUUCCUCUACUUGUGCUUCCUCUACUUGCGCUUCCUCUACUUGCGCUUCCUCUGCUUGCGCUUCCUCUACUUGCGCUUCCUCUGCUUGCGCUUCCUCUGCUUGUGCUUCCUCUACUUGCGCUUCCUCUGCUUGUGCUUCCUCUACUUGCGCUUCCUCUGCUUGCGCUUCCUUUGCUUGCGCUUCCUCUGCUUGUGCUUCCUCUGCUUCCGCUUCCUCUGCUUGCGCUCCUCUGCUUGUGCUUCCUCUGCUUGUGCCUCGUCUGCUUGUGCUUCCUCUGCUUGCGCUUCCUCUGCUUGUGCUUCCUCGCUUGCGCUUCCUCUGCUUGUGCUUCCUCGAACUUGUGCUUCCUCUUCUUGCGCUUCCUCUGCUUGCGCUUCCUCUGCCUGCGCUUCUUCUGCUUGUGCUUCAUCUACUUGCGCUUCCUCUGCUUGUGCUUCCUCUUUUUGCGUUUCCUCUGCUUGCACUUCCUUUGCUUGCGCUCCUCUUCUUGUGCUUCCUCUGCUCAUGCUUCCUCUGCUUGCGCUUCCUCUGCUUGUGCUUCCUCCGCUUGCGCUUCCUCUUCUUGUGCUUCCUUUGCUUGCGCUUCCUCUGCUUGCGCUCCUCUGCUUGCGCUUCCUCUGCUUGUGCUUCCUUUGAUAACGCUUCCUCUGCUUGCGCUUCCUCUGCUUGCGCUUCCUCUGCUUGUGCUUCCUCAGCUUGUGCUUCCUCUGCUUGUGCUUCCUCAACUUGCGCUUCCUCUGCUUGCGGUUCCUCUGGUUGUGACUCCUCAGCUUCCGCUUCCUCUGCUUGCGCUUCCUCUGCUUGUGCUUCCUCUUCUUGCGCUUCCUCAGCUUGCGCUUCCUCUGCUUGCGCUCCUCUGCUUGUGCGUCCUCUGCUUGUGCUUCCUCUGCUUGCGCCUCCUCUGCUUGUGCUUACUCUGCUUGCGCUUCCUCUGCUUGUGCUUCCUUUGCUUGUGCUUCCUCUGCUUGCGCUUCCUCUGCUGUUGCUUCGUCUGCUUGUGCUUCCGCUUCUUGCGCUUCCUCUGCUUGCGAUUCCUCUUCUUGCGCUUCCUCUGCUUGUGCUUCCUCUGCUUGCGCUCCUCUGCUUGUGCUUCCUCUGCUUAUGCUUCCUCUGCUUGCGCAUCCUCUGCCAUUGCUUCCUCUGCUUGCGCUUCCUCUGCGUGUGCUUCCUCUGCUUGCGCUUCCUCUGCUUGCGCUCCUCUGCUUGUGCUUCCUCUGCUUGUGCUUCCUCUUCUUGUGCUCCCUCUUCUUGCGCUUCCUCUGCUUGUGCUUCCUCUGCUUGCGCUUCCUUUGCUUGUUCUUCCUCUGCUUAUGCUUCCUCUGCUUGCGCUUCCUCUUCUUGUGCUUCCUCUGCUUGCGUUUCCUCCGCUUGCGCUCCUCUGCUUGUGCUUCCUCUGCUUGUGCUUCCUCUGCUUGUGCUUCCUCUUCUUGCGCUUCCUCUGCUUGUGCUUCCUCUGCUUGCGCUUCCUCUGCUUGUGCUUCCUCUGCUUGUGCUUCCUCUGCUUGUUCUUCCUCUGCUUGCGCUUCCUCUGCUUGCGCUUCCUGUGGUUGUGACUCCUCAGCUUGCGCUUCCUCUGCGUGCACUUCCUCUGCUUGUGCUUCCUUUGCUUGCGCUUCCAGUGCUUGCGCUUCCUCUGCUUGCGCUCCUCUACUUGUGCUUCCUCUGCUUGUGCUUCCUCUGCUUGCACUUCCUCUGCUUGUGCUUCCUCUGCUUCCGCUUCCUCUACUUGUGCUUCCUCUGCUUGCGCUUCCUCUGCUUGUGCUUCCUCUGCUUGUGCUUCCUCUGCUUGCGCUUCUUUGCUUCUGCUUCCUAUGCUUGUGCUUCUUCUACUUGCGCUUCCUCUGCUUGUGCUUCCUCUGCUUGCGCUUCCUGUGCUGUUGCUUCCUCUGCUUGUGCUUCCUCUUCUUGCGCUUCCUGUGCUUGUGCUUCCUCUGCUUGCGCUUGCUCUGCUUGCGCCUCCUCUGCUUGGGCUCCUCUAAAUGGGCUUCCUAUGCUUGUGCUUCCUCUUCUUGCGCUUCCUUGCUUCCUCUUCUUGCGCUUCCUCUGCUUGCGCUUCCUCUGCUGUUGCUUCGUCUGCUUGUGCUUCCGCUUCUUGCGCUUCCUCUGCUUGCGAUUCCUCUGCUUGCGCUUCCUUUGCUUGUGCUUCCUCUGCUUGCGCUCCUCUGCUUGUGCUUCCUCUGCUUGUGCUUCCUCUGCUUGCGCAUCCUCUGCUAUUGCUUCCUCUGCUUGCGCUUCCUCUGCGUGUGCUUCCUUUGCUUGCGCUUCCUCUGCUUGCGCUCCUCUGCUUGUGCUUCCUCUGCUUGUGCUUCCUCUGCUUGUGCUUCCUCUUCUUGCGCUUCCUCUGCUUGUGCUUCCUCUGCUUGCGCUUCCUUUGCUUGUUCUUCCUCUGCUUAUGCUUCCUCUGCUUGCGCUUCCUCUUCUUGUGCUUCCUCUGCUUGCGUUUCCUCUGCUUGCGCUCCUCUUCUUGUGGGUCCUCUGCUUGUGCUUCCUCUGCUUGUGCUUCCUCUGCUUGCGCUUCCUCUGCGUGUGCUUCCUCUGCUUGCGCUUCCUCUGCUUGCGCUCCUCUGCUUGUGCUUCCUCUGCUUGUGCUUCCUCUGCUUGUGCUUCCUCUUCUUGCGCUUCCUCUGCUUGUGCUUCCUCUGCUUGCGCUUCCUUUGCUUGUUCUUCCUCUGCUUAUGCUUCCUCUGCUUGCGCUUCCUCUUCUUGUGCUUCCUCUGCUUGCGUUUCCUCUGCUUGCGCUCCUCUUCUUGUGCUUCCUCUGCUUGUGCUUCCUCUGCUUGUGCUUCCUCUUCUUGCGCUUCCUCUGCUUGUGCUUCCUCUGCUUGCGCUUCCUCUGCUUGUGCUUCCUCUGCUUGUGCUUCCUCUGCUUGUUCUUCCUCUGCUUGCGCUUCCUCUGCUUGCGCUUCCUGUGGUUGUGACUCCUCACCUUGCGCUUCCUCUGCGUGCACUUCCUCUGCUUGUGCUUCCUCUGCUUGCGCUUCCUGUGCUUGCGCUUCCUCUGCUUGCGCUCCUCUACUUGUGCUUCCUCUGCUUCUGCUUCCUCUGCUUGCACUUCCUCUACUUGUGCUUCCUCUGCUUCCGCUUCCUCUACUUGUGCUUCCUCUGCUUGCGCUUCCUCUGCUUGUGCUUCCUCUGCUUGUGCUUCCUCUGCUUGCGCUUCUUUUCUUGUGCUUCCUAUGCUUGUGCUUCUUCUACUUGCGAUUCCUCUGCUUGUGCUUCCUCUGCUUGCGCUUCCUCUGCUGUUGCUUCCUCUGCUUGUGCUUCCUCUUCUUGCGCUUCCUCUUGUACUUCCUCUGCUUGUGCUUCCCCUGCUUGCGCUUCCUCUGCUUGUGCUUCCUCUCCUUGCGCUUCCUCUGCUUGUGCUUCCUCUGCUUGCGCUUCCUCUGCUCUCGCUCCUCUGCUUGUGCUUCAUCUGCUUGUGCUUCUUGCUUGUGCUUCCUCUGCUUGCGCUUCCUCUGCUUGUGCUUCCUCUACUUGUGUUCCUCUGCUUGCGCUUCCUCUGCUUGCGCUUCCUCUUCUUGCGCUUCCUCUGCUUACGCUUCCUCUGCUUGUGCUUCCUCUGCUUACUCUUCCUUUGCUUACGCUUUCUCUGCCUGCGCUCCUCUGCUUGUGCUUCCUGUGCUUGUGCUUCCUCUGCUUGCGCUUCCUCUGCUUGCGCUUCCUCUCCUUGCGCUUCCUCUGCUUGCGCUUCCUUUGCUUGCGCUUCCUCUACUUGCGCUUCCUCUGCUUGUGCUUCCUGUGCUUGUGCUUCCUCUGCUUGCGCUUCCUCUGCUUGCGCUUCCUCUGCUUGUGCUUCCUCUGCUUGCGCUUUCUCUGCUUGUGCUUCCUGUGCUUGCGCCUCCUCUGCUUGUGCUUCCUCUUCUUGCACUUCCUCUGCUUGCACUUCCUCUGCAUGCGCUUCCUCUGCUUGUGCUUCCUCUGCUUAUGCUUCCUCUGCUUGUGCUUCCUCUGCUUGCGCUUCCUCUACUUGUGCUUCCUCUGCUUGCGCUUCCUCUGCUUGCGCUUCCUCUGCUUGCGCUUCCUCUACUUGCGCUUCCUGUGCUUGCGCUUCCUCUGCUUGCGCCUCCUCUGCUUGGGCUCCUCUAAAUGGGCUUCCUGUGCUUGUGCUUCCUCUACUUGCGCUUCCUCUGCUUGUGCUUCAUCUGCUUGCGCUUCCUCUGCUUGUGCUUCGUCUGCUUCCGCUUCCUCUGCUUGUGCUUCCUCUGCUUGCGCUUCCUCUGCUUUCGCUACCUCUGCUUGUGCUUCCUAUGCUUUUGCUUCCUCUGCUUAUGCUUCCUAUGCUUGUGCUUCCUCUACUUGUGCUUCCUCUACUUGUGCUUCCUCUGCUUGUGCUUCCUCUUCUUGCGCUUCCUCUGCUUGCGCUCCUCUGCUUGCGCUUCCUUUGCUUUGGCUUCCUCUGCUUGUGCUUCCUCUGCUUGUGCUUCCUCUGCUCCGCUUCCUCUGCUUGUGCUUCCUCUGCUUGCGCUUCCUCUACUUGUGCUUCCUCUACUUGCACUUCCUCUACUUGUGCUUCCUAUGCUUGUGCUUCCUCUACUUGCGCUUCCUCUGCUUGCGCUUCGUUUGCUUGCGCUUCCUGUGCUUGCGCUUCCUCUGCUUGCGCUUCCUCUACUUGCGCUCCUCUGCUUGUGCUUCCUCUGCUUGUGCCUCCUCUUCUUGUGCUUGCUCUGCUUGCGCUUCCUCUGCUUGUGCUUCCUCUGCUUGCACUUCCUCUGCUUGUGCUUCCUCUGCUUGUGCUUCCUCGAAAUGGGCUUCCUCUUCAUGUGCUUCCUCUGCUUGCGCUUCUUCUGCUUGUGCUUCCAUAGCUUGUGCUUCCUCUGCUUGCGCUUCCUCUGCUUGCGCUUCCUCUACUUGCGCUUCUUCUGCUUGUGCUUCAUCUACUUGCGCUUCCUCUGCUUGUGCUUCCUCUUUUUGCAUUUCCUCUGCUUGCACUUCCUCUGCUUGCGCUCCUCUGCUUGUGCUUCCUUUGCUUGUGCUUCCUCUGCUUGCGCAUCGUCUGCUUGUGCUUCCUCUGCUUGCGCUUCCUCUGCGUGUGCUUCCUCUGCUUGCGCUUCCUCUGCUUGCAUUUCCUUUGCUUGCGCUUCCUCUGCUUGUGCUUCCUCUGCUUGCGCUUCUUUGCUUGUGUUUCCUAUGCUUGUGCUUCCUCUACUUGCGCUUCCUCUGCUUGUGCUUCCUCUGCUUGCGCUUCCUCUGCUGUUUCUUCCUCUUCUUGUGCUUCCUCUGCUUGCGCUUCCUCUGCUUGCGCUUCCUCUGCUUGUGCUUCCUCUGCUUGCGCUCCUCUGCUUGUGCUUCCUUUGCUUGUGCUUCCUCUGCUUGCGCAUCGUCUGCUUGUGCUUCCUCUGCUUGCGCUUCCUCUGUGUGUGCUUCCUCUGCUUGCGCUUCCUCUGCUUGCAUUUCCUUUGCUUGCGCUUCCUCUGCUUGUGCUUCCUCUGCUUGCGCUUCCUCUGCUUGCGCUUCCUCUACUUGUGCUUCCACUCCUUGCGCUUCCUCUGCUUGCGCUUCCUCUUCUAAUGCUACCUCUGCUUGUGCUUCCUCUGCUUGCGCUUCCUUUGCUUGCACUUCCUAUGCUUCUGCUUCCUCUUUUUGCGCUUCCUCUGCUUGUGCUUCCUCCGCUUGCGCUUCCUCUUCUUGUGCUUCCUCCGCUUACGCUUGCUCUGCUUGCGCUUCCUUUUUCGCGCUUCCUCUGCUUGUGCUUACUCUGCUUGUGCUUCCUCUGCUUGUGCUUCCUCAACUUGCGCUUCCUCUGCUUGCGCUUCCUCUGGUUGUGACUCCUGAGCUUCCGCUUCCUCUGCUUGCGCUUCCUCUUCUUGCGCUUCCUCUACUUGCGCUUCCUCUGCUUGCGCUCCUCUACUUGUGCUUCCUCUGCUUGUGCUUCCUCUCCUUGCGCAUCCUCUGCUUGUGCUUCCUCUGCUUCCGCUUCCUCUACUUGUGCUUCCUCUGCUUGCGCUUCCUCUGCUUGUGCUUCCUCUGCUUGUGCUUCCUCUGCUUGCGCUUCUUUGCUUGUGUUUCCUAUGCUUGUGCUUCCUCUACUUGCGCUUCCUCUGCUUGUGCUUCCUCUGCUUGCGCUUCCUCUGCUGUUGCUUCCUCUUCUUGUGCUUCCUUUGCUUGCGCUUCCUCUGCUUGCGCUUCCUCUGCUUGUGCUUCCUCUGCUUGCGCUCCUCUGCUUGUGCUUCCUUUGCUUGUGCUUCCUCUGCUUGCGCAUCGUCUGCUUGUGCUUCCUCUGCUUGCGCUUCCUCUACGUGUGCUUCCUCUGCUUGCGCUUCCUCUGCUUGCAUUUCCUUUGCUUGCGCUUCCUCCGCUUGUGCUUCCUCUGCUUGCGCUUCCUCUGCUUGCGCUUCCUCUACUUGUGCUUCCACUCCUUGCGCUUCCUCUGCUUGCGCUUCUUCUGAAGGUGCUUCCUUUGCUUGCGCUUCCUCUUCUUGUGCUACCUCUGCUUGUGCUUCCUCUGCUUGCGCUUCCUUUGCUUGCACUUCCUCUGCUUGUGCUUUCUCUGCUUGCCCUUCCUCUGCUUGUGCUUUCUCUGCUUGUGCUUCCUUUGCUUGCGUUUCCUCUGCUUGUGCUUCUUCAGCUUGCGCUUCCUUUGCUUGUUCUUCCUCUACUUGUGCUUCCUCUGCUUGUGCUUCCUCUGCUUGUGCUUCCUCUGCAUGUGCUUCCUCUACUUGUGCUUCCUGUGCUUGUGCUUCCUCUGCUUGCGCUUCCUCUGCUUGUGCUUCCUCUGCUUUUGCUUCCUUUGCUUGUGCUUCCUCUGCUUGCGCUUCCUCUGCUUGCGCUCCUCUCCUUGUGCUUCCUCUGCUUGUGCUUCCUCUGCUUACGCUUCCUCUGCUUGCGCUUCCUCUACUUGUGCUUCCUUGCUUGUGCUUCCUCUGCUUGCGCUUCCUCUGCUUGUGCUUCUUCUGCUUGUGCUUCCUCUACUUUCGCUUCCUCUGCUUGUGCUUCCUCUACUUCCGUUUCCUCUGCUUGCACUUCCUCUGCUUGCGCUCCUCUUCUUGUGCUUCCUCAGCUUGUGCUUCCUCUGCUUGCGCUUCCUCUGGUUGUGCUUCCUCCGCUUGCGCUUCCUCUUCUUGUGCUUCCUCUGCUUGCGCUUCCUCUGCUUGCGCUCCUCUGCUUGUGCUUCCUCUGCUUGUGCUCCCUCUUUUUACGCUUCCUCUGCUUGUGCUUCCUCUACUUGCGCUUCCUCUGCUUGUGCUUCCUCUGCUUACGCUUCCUCUGCUUGCGCUUCCUCUGCUCGCGCUUCCUCCGCUUGUGCUUCCUCUGCUUGUGCUUCCUCUUCUUGUGCUUCCUCUGCUUGUGCUUCCUCUGCUUGUGCUUCCUCUUCUUGUGCUUCCUCUGCUUGCGCUUCCUCUUCUUGCGCUUCCUAUGCUUGCGCUUCCUGUGCUUGCGCUCCUCUGCUUGUGCUUCCUCUGCUUGUGCUUUCUCUGCUAGCGCUUCCUCUGCUGGUGCUUCCUCUGCUUGCGCUUCCUCUACUUGUGCUUCCUCUACUUGCGCUUCCUCUGCUUGCGCUUCCUCUGCUUGCGCUUCCUCUACUUGCGCUUCCUCUGCUUGCGCUUCCUAUGCUUUUGCUUCCUCUACUUGCGCUUCCUCUGCUUGUGCUUCCUCUACUUGCGCUUCCUCUGCUUGCGCUUCCUUUGCUUGCGCUUCCUCUGCUUGCGCUUCCUCUGCUUGUUCUUCCUCUGCUUGCGCUCCUCUGCUUGUGCUUCCUCUGCUUGUGCCUCGUCUGCUUGUGCUUCCUCUGCUUGCGCUUCCUCUGCUUGUGCUUCCUCUGCUUGCGCUUCCUCUGCUUGUGCUUCCUCGAACUUGUGCUUCCUCUUCUUGCGCUUCCUCUGCUUGCGCUUCCUCUGCCUGCGCUUCUUCUGCUUGUGCUUCAUCUACUUGCGCUUCCUCUGCUUGUGCUUCCUCUUUUUGCGUUUCCUCUGCUUGCACUUACUUUGCUUGCGCUCCUCUUCUUGUGCUUCCUCUGCUCAUGCUUCCUCUGCUUGCGCUUCCUCUGCUUGUGCUUCCUCCGCUUGCGCUUCCUCUUCUUGUGCUUCCUUUGCUUGCGCUUCCUCUGCUUGCGCUCCUCUGCUUGUGCUUCCUCUGCUUGUGCUUCCUCUGCUUGUGCUUCCUCUUCUUGCGCUUCCUCUGCUUGUGCUUCCUCUGCUUGCGCUUCCUCUGCUUGUGCUUCCUUUGCUCACGCUUCCUCUGCUUGCGCUUCCUCUGCUUGUGCUUCCUCAGCUUGUGCUUCCUCUGCUUGUGCUUCCUCAACUUGCGCUUCCUCUGCUUGCGAUUCCUCUGCUUGCGCUUCCUCUGCUUGCGCUCCUCUGCUUGUGCUUCCUCUGCUUGUGCUUCCUCUGCUUGCGCAUCCUCUGCUUGUGCUUCCUCUGCUUCCGCUUCCUCUACUUGUGCUUACUCUGCUUGCGCUUCCUCUGCUUGUGCUUCCUUUGCUUGUGCUUCCUCUGCUUGCGCUUCCUCUGCUAUUGCUUCGUCUGCUUGUGCUUCCGCUUCUUGCGCUUCCUCUGCUUGCGAGUCCUCUUCUUGCGCUUCCUCUGCUUGUGCUUCCUCUGCUUGCGCUCCUCUGCUUGUGCUUCCUCUGCUUGUGCUUCCUCUGCUUGCGCAUCCUCUGCUAUUGCUUCCUCUGCUUGCGCUUCCUCUGCGUGUGCUUCCUCUGCUUGCGCUUCCUCUGCUUGCGCUCCUCUGCUUGUGCUUCCUCUGCUUGUGCUUCCUCUGCUUGUGCUCCCUCUUCUUGCGCUUCCUCUGCUUGUGCUUCCUCUGCUUGCGCUUCCUUUGCUUGUUCUUCCUCUGCUUAUGCUUCCUCUGCUUGCGCUUCCUCUUCUUGUGCAUCCUCUGCUUGCGCUCCUCUGCUUGUGCUUCCUCUGCUUUUGCUUCCUCUGCUUGUGCUUCCUCUUCUUGCGCUUCCUCUGCUUGUGCUUCCUCUGCUUGCGCUUCCUCUGCUCGUGCUUCCUCUGCUUGUGCUUCCUCUGCUUGUUCUUCCUCUGCUUGCGCUUCCUCUGCUUGCGCUUCCUGUGGUUGUGACUCCUCAGCUUGCGCUUCCUCUGCGUGCACUUCCUCUGCUUGCGCUUCCUGUGCUUGCGCUUCCUCUGCUUGCGCUCCUCUACUUGUGCUUCCUCUUCUUGUGCUUCCUCUGCUUGCACUUCCUCUGCUUGUGCUUCCUCUGCUUCCGCUUCCUCUACUUGUGCUUCCUCUGCUUGCGCUUCCUCUGCUUGUGCUUCCUCUGCUUGUGCUUCCUCUGCUUGCGCUUCCUCUGCUGUUGCUUCCUCUGCUUGUGCUUCCUCUUCUUGCGCUUCCUGUGCUUGUGCUUCCCCUGCUUGCGCUUGCUCUCCUUACGCUUCCUUUGCUUGAGCUCCUGUGCUUGUACUUCCUCUGCUUGUGCUUCCCCUGCUUGCGCUUCCUCUGCUUGUGCUUCCUCUCCUUGCGCUUCCUCUGCUUGUGCUUCCUCUGCUUGCGCUUCCUCUGCUUUCGCUCCUCUGCUUGUGCUUCAUCUGCUUGUGCUUCUUGCUUGUGCUUCCUCUGUUUGCGCUUCCUCUGCUUGUGCUUCCUCUACUUGCGCUUCCUCUGCUUGCGCUUCCUCUGCUUGCGCUUCCUCUUCUUGCGCUUCCUCUGCUUACGCUUCCUCUGCUUGUGCUUCUUCUGCUUGCUCUUCCUUUGCUUACGCUUUCUCUGCCUGCGCUCCUCUGCUUGUGCUUCCUGUGCUUGUGCUUCCUCUGCUUGCGCUUCCUCUGCUUGCGCUUCCUCUCCUUGCGCUUCCUCUGCUUGCGCUUCCUGUGCUUGCGCCUCCUCUGCUUGUGCUUCCUCUUCUUGCACUUCCUCUGCUUGCACUUCCUCUGCAUGCGCUUUCUCUGCUUGCGCUUCCUCUGCUUAUGCUUCCUCUGCUUGUGCUUCCUCUGCUUGCGCUUCCUCUACUUGUGCUUCCUCUGCUUGCGCUUCCUCUGCUUGCGCUUCCUCUGCUUGCGCUUCCUCUGCUUGCGCUUCCUCUGCUUGCGCUUCCUCUGCUUGCGCCUCCUCUGCUUGGGCUCCUCUAAAUGGGCUUCCUGUGCUUGUGCUUCCUCUACUUGCACUUCCUCUGCUUGUGCUUCUUCUGCUUGCACUUCCUUUGCUUGUGCUUCGUCUGCUUCUGCUUCCUCUGCUUGUGCUUCCUCUGCUUGCGCUUCCUCUGCUUUCGCUACCUCUGCUUGUGCUUCCUAUGCUUGUGCUUCCUCUGCUUGUGCUUCCUAUGCUUGUGCUUCCUCUACUUGUGCUUCCUCUACUUGUGCUUCCUCUGCUUGUGCUUCCUCUUCUUGCGCUUCCUCUGCUUGCGCUUCCUCUGCUGUUGCUUCGUCUGCUUGUGCUUCCGCUUCUUGCGCUUCCUCUGCUUGCGAUUCCUCUGCUUGCGCUUCCUUUGCUUGUGCUUCCUCUGCUUGCGCUCCUCUGCUUGUGCUUCCUCUGCUUGUGCUUCCUCUGCUUGCGCAUCCUCUGCUAUUGCUUCCUCUGCUUGCGCUUCCUCUGCGUGUGCUUCCUCUGCUUGCGCUUCCUCUGCUUGCGCUCCUCUGCUUGUGCUUCCUCUGCUUGUGCUUCCUCUGCUUGUGCUUCCUCUUCUUGCGCUUCCUCUGCUUGUGCUUCCUCUGCUUGCGCUUCCUUUGCUUGUUCUUCCUCUGCUUAUGCUUCCUCUGCUUGCGCUUCCUCUUCUUGUGCUUCCUCUGCUUGCGUUUCCUCUGCUUGCGCUCCUCUGCUUGUGCUUCCUCUGCCUGUGCUUCCUCUGCUUGUGCUUCCUCUUCUUGCGCUUCCUCUGCUUGUGCUUCCUCUGCUUGCGCUUCCUCUACUUGUGCUUCCUCUGCUUGUGCUUCCUCUGCUUGUUCUUCCUCUGCUUGCGCUUCCUCUGCUUGCGCUUCCUGUGGUUGUGACUCCUCAGCUUGCGCUUCCUCUGCGUGCACUUCCUCUGCUUUUGCUUCCUCUGCUUGCGCUUCCUGUGCUUGCGCUUCCUCUGCUUGUGCUUCUCUACUUGUGCUUCCUCUGCUUGUGCUUCCUCUGCUUGCACUUCCUCUGCUUGUGCUUCCUCUGCUUCCGCUUCCUCUACUUGUGCUUCCUCUGCUUGCGCUUCCUCUGCUUGUGCUUCCUCUGCUUGUGCUUCCUCUGCUUGCGCUUCUUUGCUUCUGCUUCCUAUGCUUGUGCUUCUUCUACUUGCGAUUCCUCUACUUGUGCUUCCUCUGCUUGCGCUUCCUCUGCUGUUGCUUCCUCUGCUUGUGCUUCCUCUUCUUGCGCUUCCUGUGCUUGUGCUUCCUCUGCUUGCUCUUCCUCUGCUUGUGCUUCCUCUGCUUGCGCUUCCUCUACUUGUGCUUCCUCUGCUUGCGCUUCCUCUGCUUGCGCUUCCUCUGCUUGCGCUUCCUCUGCUUGCGCUUCCUCUGCUUGCGCUUCCUCUGCUUGCGCCUCCUCUGCUUGGGCUCCUCUAAAUGGGCUUCCUGUGCUUGUGCUUCCUCUACUUGCACUUCCUCUGCUUGUGCUUCUUCUGCUUGCACUUCCUUUGCUUGUGCUUCGUCUGCUUCUGCUUCCUCUGCUUGUGCUUCCUCUGCUUGCGCUUCCUCUGCUUUCGCUACCUCUGCUUGUGCUUCCUAUGCUUGUGCUUCCUCUGCUUGUGCUUCCUAUGCUUGUGCUUCCUCUACUUGUGCUUCCUCUACUUGUGCUUCCUCUGCUUGUGCUUCCUCUUCUUGCGCUUCCUCUGCUUGCGCUUCCUCUGCUGUUGCUUCGUCUGCUUGUGCUUCCGCUUCUUGCGCUUCCUCUGCUUGCGAUUCCUCUGCUUGCGCUUCCUUUGCUUGUGCUUCCUCUGCUUGCGCUCCUCUGCUUGUGCUUCCUUUGCUUGUGCUUCCUCUGCUUGCGCAUCCUCUGCUAUUGCUUCCUCUGCUUGCGCUUCCUCUGCGUGUGCUUCCUCUGCUUGCGCUUCCUCUGCUUGCGCUCCUCUGCUUGUGCUUCCUCUGCUUGUGCUUCCUCUGCUUGUGCUUCCUCUUCUUGCGCUUCCUCUGCUUGUGCUUCCUCUGCUUGCGCUUCCUUUGCUUGUUCUUCCUCUGCUUAUGCUUCCUCUGCUUGCGCUUCCUCUUCUUGUGCUUCCUCUGCUUGCGUUUCCUCUGCUUGCGCUCCUCUGCUUGUGCUUCCUCUGCCUGUGCUUCCUCUGCUUGUGCUUCCUCUUCUUGCGCUUCCUCUGCUUGUGCUUCCUCUGCUUGCGCUUCCUCUGCUUGUGCUUCCUUUGCUUGUGCUUCCUCUGCUUGUUCUUCCUCUGCUUGCGCUUCCUCUGCUUGCGCUUCCUGUGGUUGUGACUCCUCAGCUUGCGCUUCCUCUGCAUGCACUUCCUCUGCUUGUGCUUCCUCUGCUUGCGCUUCCUGUGCUUGCGCUUCCUCUGCUUGCGCUUCUCUACUUGUGCUUCCUCUGCUUGUGCUUCCUUUGCUUGCACUUCCUUUGCUUGUGCUUCCUCUGCUUCCGCUUCCUCUACUUGUGCUUCCUCUGCUUGCGCUUCCUCUGCUUGUGCUUCCUCUGCUUGUGCUUCCUCUGCUUGCGCUUCUUUGCUUCUGCUUCCUAUGCUUGUGCUUCUUCUACUUGCGAUUCCUCUGCUUGUGCUUCCUCUGCUUGCGCUUCCUCUGCUGUUGCUUCCUCUGCUUGUGCUUCCUCUUCUUGCGCUUCCUCUUGUACUUCCUCUGCUUGUGCUUCCCCUGCUUGCGCUUCCUCUGCUUGUGCUUCCUCUCCUUGCUCUUCCUCUGCUUGUGCUUCCUCUGCUUGCGCUUCCUCUCCUUGCGCUUCCUCUGCUUGCGCUUCCUUUGCUUGCGCUUCCUCUGCUUGCGCUUCCUCUGCUUGUGCUUCCUGUGCUUGUGCUUCCUCUGCUUGCGCUUCCUCUGCUUGCGCUUCCUCUGCUUGUGCUUCCUCUGCUUGCGCUUUCUCUGCUUGUGCUUCCUGUGCUUGCGCCUCCUCUGCUUGUGCUUCUUCUUCUUGCACUUCCUCUGCUUGCACUUCCUCUGCAUGCGCUUCCUCUGCUUGUGCUUCCUCUGCUUAUGCUUCCUCUGCUUGUGCUUCCUCUGCUUGCGCUUCCUCUACUUGUGCUUCCUCUGCUUGCGCUUCCUCUGCUUGCGCUUCCUCUGCUUGCGCUUCCUCUGCUUGCGCUUCCUCUGCUUGCGCUUCCUCUGCUUGCGCCUCCUCUGCUUGGGCUCCUCUAAAUGGGCUUCCUGUGCUUGUGCUUCCUCUACUUGCGCUUCCUCUGCUUGUGCUUCUUCUGCUUGCGCUUCCUCUGCUUGUGCUUCGUCUGCUUCCGCUUCCUCUGCUUGUGCUUCCUCUGCUUGCGCUUCCUCUGCUUUCGCUACCUCUGCUUGUGCUUCCUAUGCUUUUGCUUCCUCUACUUGUGCUUCUUAUGCUUGUGCUUCCUCUACUUGUGCUUCCUCUACUUGUGCUUCCUCUGCUUGUGCUUCCUCUUCUUGCGCUUCCUCUGCUUGCGCUCCUCUGCUUGCGCUUCCUUUGCUUUGGCUUCCUCUGCUUGUGCUUCCUCUGCUUGUGCUUCCUCUGCUCGUGCUUCCUCUGCUUGUGCUUCCUCUGCUUGCGCUCCUCUGCUUGCGCUUCCUUUGCUUGGGCUUCCUCUGCUUGUGCUGCCUCUACUUGUGCUUCCUCCGCUUGUGCUUCCUCUGCUUGUGCUUCCUCUGCUUGCGCUUCCUCUUCUUGCGCUUCCUAUGCUUGCGCUUCCUGUGCUUGCGCUCCUCUGCUUGUGCUUCCUCUGCUUGUGCUUCCUCUGCUAGCGCUUCCUCUGCUUGUGCUUCCUCUGCUUGCGCUUCCUCUACUUGUGCUUCCUCUACUUGCGCUUCCUCUGCUUGCGCUUCCUCUGCUUGCGCUUCCUCUACUUGCGCUUCCUCUGCUUGCGCUUCCUAUGCUUGUGCUUCCUCUACUUGCGCUUCCUCUGCUUGUGCUUCCUCUACUUGCGCUUCCUCUGCUUGCGCUUCGUUUGCUUGCGCUUCCUGUGCUUGCGCUCCCUUUGCUUGCGCUUCCUCUACUUGCGCUCCUCUGCUUGUGCUUCCUCUGCUUGUGCCUCCUCUGCUUGUGCUUGCUCUGCUUGCGCUUCCUCUGCUUGUGCUUCCUCUGCUUGCACUUCCUCUGCUUGUGCUUCCUCUGCUUGUGCUUCCUCGAAAUGGGCUUCCUCUUCAUGUGCUUCCUCUGCUUGCGCUUCUUCUGCUUGUGCUUCCAUAGCUUGUGCUUCCUCUGCUUGCGCUUCCUCUGCUUGCGCUUCCUCUACUUGCGCUUCUUCUGCUUGUGCUUCAUCUACUUGCGCUUCCUCUGCUUGUGCUUCCUCUUUUUGCAUUUCCUCUGCUUGCACUUCCUCUGCUUGCGCUCCUCUGCUUGUGCUUCCUCUGCUUAUGCUUCCUCUGCUUGCGCUUCCUCUGCUUUUGCUUCCUCCGCUUGCUCUUCCUCUUCUUGUGCUUCCUUUGCUUGCGCUUCCUCUGCUUGCGCUCCUCUGCUUGUGCUUCCUCUGCUUGUGCUUCCUCUACUUGUGCUUCAUCUUCUUGCGCUUCCUCUGCUUGUGCUUCCUCUGCUUGCGCUUCCUCUUCUUGUGCUUCCUCUGCUUACGCUUCCUCUGCUUGCGCUUCCUCUGCUCGCGCUUCCUCUGCUUGUGCUUACUCUGCUUGUGCUUCCUCUGCUUGUGCUUCCUCAACUUGCGCUUCCUCUGCUUGCGCUUCCUCUGGUUGUGACUCCUCAGCUUCCGCUUCCUCUGCUUGCGCUUCCUCUUUUUGUGCUUCCUCUUCUUGCGCUUCCUCUGCUUGCGCUUCCUCUUCUUGCGCUCCUCUACUUGUGCUUCCUCUGCUUGUGCUUCCUCUCCUUGCGCAUCCUCUGCUUGUGCUUCCUCUGCUUCCGCUUCCUCUACUUGUGCUUCCUCUGCUUGCGCUUCCUCUGCUUGUGCUUCCUCUGCUUGUGCUUCCUCUGCUUGCGCUUCUUUGCUUGUGUUUCCUAUGCUUGUGCUUCCUCUACUUGCGCUUCCUCUGCUUGUGCUUCCUCUGCUUGCGCUUCCUCUGCUGUUGCUUCCUCUGCUUGCGCUUCCUCUGCUUGCGCUUCCUCUGCUUGCGCUUCCUCUGCUUGUGCUUCCUCUGCUUGCGCUCCUCUGCUUGUGCUUCCUUUGCUUGUGCUUCCUCUGCUUGCGCAUCGUCUGCUUGUGCUUCCUCUGCUUGCGCUUCCUCUGCGUGUGCUUCCUCUGCUUGCGCUUCCUCAGCUUGCAUUUCCUUUGCUUGCGCUUCCUCUGCUUGUGCUUCCUCUGCUUGCGCUUCUUUGCUUGUGUUUCCUAUGCUUGUGCUUCCUCUACUUGCGCUUCCUCUGCUUGUGCUUCCUCUGCUUGCGCUUCCUCUGCUGUUGCUUCCUCUUCUUGUGCUUCCUCUGCUUGCGCUUCCUCUGCUUGCGCUUCCUCUGCUUGUGCUUCCUCUGCUUGCGCUCCUCUGCUUGUGCUUCCUUUGCUUGUGCUUCCUCUGCUUGCGCAUCCUUGCAUUUCCUUUGCUUGCGCUUCCUCUGCUUGUGCUUCCUCUGCUUGCGCUUCUUUGCUUGUGUUUCCUAUGCUUGUGCUUCCUCUACUUGCGCUUCCUCUGCUUGUGCUUCCUCUGCUUGCGCUUCCUCUGCUGUUGCUUCCUCUUCUUGUGCUUCCUCUGCUUGCGCUUCCUCUGCUUGCGCUUCCUCUGCUUGUGCUUCCUCUGCUUGUGCUCCUCUGCUUGUGCUUCCUUUGCUUGUGCUUCCUCUGCUUGCGCAUCGUCUGCUUGUGCUUCCUCUGCUUGCGCUUCCUCUGCGUGUGCUUCCUCUGCUUGCGCUUCCUCUGCUUGCAUUUCCUUUGCUUGCGCUUCCUCUACUUGUGCUUCCUCUGCUUGCGCUUCCUCUGCUUGCGCUUCCUCUACUUGUGCUUACACUCCUUGCGCUUCCUCUACUUGCGCUUCCUCUGAAGGUGCUUCCUUUGCUUGCGCUUCCUCUUCUUGUGCUACCUCUGCUUGUGCUUCCUCUGCUUGCGCUUCCUUUGCUUGCACUUCCUCUGCUUGUGCUUCCUCUGCUUGCGCUUCCUCUGCUUGUGCUUUCUCUGCUUGUGCUUCCUUUGCUUGCGUUUCCUCUGCUUGUGCUUCUUCAGCUUGCGCUUCCUUUGCUUGUUCUUCCUCUACUUGUGCUUCCUCUGCUUGUGCUUCCUCUGCUUGUGCUUCCUCUGCAUGUGCUUCCUCUACUUGUGCUUCCUCUGCUUGUGCUUCCUCUGCUUGCGCUUCCUCUGCUUGUGCUUCCUCUGCUUGUGCUUCCUUCGCUUGUGCUUCCUCUGCUUGCGCUUCCUCUGCUUGCGCUCCUCUCCUUGUGCUUCCUCUACUUGUGCUUCCUCUGCUUGUGCUUCCUCUGCUUGCGCUUCCUCUGCUUGUGCUUCCUCUGCUUUUGCUUCCUUCGCUUGUGCUUCCUCUGCUUGCGCUUCCUCUGCUUGCGCUCCUCUACUUGUGCUUCCUCUGCUUGUGCUUCCUCUGCUUACGCUUCCUCUGCUUGCGCUUCCUCUACUUGUGCUUCCUUGCUUGUGCUUCCUCUGCUUGCGCUUCCUCUGCUUGUGCUUCUUCUGCUUGUGCUUCCGCUACUUACGCUUCCUCUGCUUGUGCUUCCUCUACUUCCGUUUCCUCUGCUUGCACUUCCUCUACUUGCGCUCCUCUUCUUGUGCUUCCUCUGCUUGUGCUUCCUCUGCUUGCGCUUCCUCUGGUUGUACUUCCUCCGCUUGCGCUUCCUCUUCUUGUGCUUCCUCUGCUUGCGCUUCCUCUGCUUGCGCUCCUCUGCUUGUGCUUCCUCUGCUUUUGCUCCCUCUUUUUACGCUUCCUCUGCUUGUGCUUCCUCUGCUUGCGCUUCCUCUGCUUGUGCUUCCUCUGCUUACGCUUCCUCUGCUUGCGCCUCCUCUGCUCGCGCUUCCUCCGCUUGUGCUUCCUCUGCUUGUGCUUCCUCUGCUUGCGCUUCCUCUACUUGUGCUUCCUCUACUUGUCUUCCUCUGCUUGCGCUUCCUCUGCUUGCGCUUCCUCUACUAACGCUUCCUCUGCUUGCGCUUCCUAUGCCUGUGCUUCCUCUACUUGCGCUUCCUCUGCUUGUGCUUCCUCUACUUGCGCUUCCUUUGCUUGCGCUUCGUUUGCUUGCGCUUCCUGUGCUUGCGCUUCCUCUGCUUGCGCUACCUCUACUUGCGCUCCUCUGCUUGUGCUUCCUCUGCUUGUGCCUCCUCUGCUUGUGCUUGCUCUGCUUGCGCUUCCUCUGCUUGUGCUUCCUCUGCUUGCACUUCCUCUGCUUGUGCUUCCUCUGCUUGUGCUUCCUCGAAAUGGGCUUCCUCUUCAUGUGCUUCCUCUGCUUGCGCUUCUUCUGCUUGUGCUUCCAUAGCUUGUGCUUCCUCUGCUUGCGCUUCCUCUACUUGCGCUUCUUCUGCUUGUGCUUCAUCUACUUGCGCUUCCUCUGCUUGUGCUUCCUCUUUUUGCAUUUCCUCUGCUUGCACUUCCUCUGCUUGCGCUCCUCUGCUUGUGCUUCCUCUGCUUAUGCUUCCUCUGCUUGCGCUUUCUCUGCUUUUGCUUCCUCCGCUUGCUCUUCCUCUUCUUGUGCUUCCUUUGCUUGCGCUUCCUCUGCUUGCGCUCCUCUGCUUGUGCUUCCUCUGCUUUUGCUUCCUCUACUUGUGCUUCCUCUUCUUGCGCUUCCUCUGCUUGUGCUUCCUCUGCUUGCGCUUCCUCUUCUUGUGCUUCCUCUGCUUACGCUUCCUCUGCUUGCGCUUCCUCUACUCGCGCUUCCUCUGCUUGUGCUUACUCUGCUUGUGCUUCCUCUGCUUGUGCUUCCUCAACUUGCGCUUCCUCUGCUUGCGCUUCCUCUGGUUGUGACUCCUCAGCUUCCGCUUCCUCUGCUUGCGCUUCCUCUUCUUGUGCUUCCUCUUCUUGCGCUUCCUCUGCUUGCGCUUCCUCUGCUUGCGCUCCUCUACUUGUGCUUCCUCUGCUUGUGCUUCCUCUCCUUGCGCAUCCUCUGCUUGUGCUUCCUCGGCUUUCGCUUCCUCUACUUGUGCUUCCUCUGCUUGCGCUUCCUCUGCUUUUGCUUCCUCUGCUUGUGCUUCCUCUGCUUGCGCUUCUUUGCUUGUGUUUCCUAUGCUUGUGCUUCCUCUACUUGCGCUUCCUCUCCUUGUGCUUCCUCUGCUUGCGCUUCCUCUGCUGUUGCUUCCUCUGCUUGUGCUUCCUCUUCUUGUGCUUCCUCUGCUUGCGCUUCCUCUGCUUGCGCUUCCUCUGCUUGUGCUUCCUCUGCUUGCGCUCCUCUGCUUGUGCUUCCUUUGCUUGUGCUUCCUCUGCUUGCGCAUUGUCUGCUUGUGCUUCCUCUGCUUGCGCUUCCUUUGCGUGUGCUUCCUCUGCUUGCGCUUCCUCUGCUUGCAUUUCCUUUGCUUGCGCUUCCUCUGCUUGUGCUUCCUCUGCUUGCGCUUCCUCUGCUUGCGCUUCCUCUACUUGUGCUUCCACUCCUUGCGCUUCCUCUGCUUGCGCUUCCUCUGAAGGUGCUUCCUUUGCUUGCGCUUCCUCUUCUUGUGCUACCUCUACUUGUGCUUCCUCUGCUUGCGCUUCCUUUGCUUGCACUUCCUUUGCUUGUGCUUCCUCUGCUUGCGCUUCCUCUGCUUGUGCUUUCUCUGCUUGUGCUUCCUUUGCUUGCGUUUCCUCUGCUUGUGCUUCUUCAGCUUGCGCUUCCUUUGCUUGUUCUUCCUCUACUUGUGCUUCCUCUGCUUGUGCUUCCUCUGCUUGUGCUUCCUCUGCAUGUGCUUCCUCUACUUGUGCUUCCUCUGCUUGUGCUUCCUCUGCUUGCGCUUCCUCUGCUUGUGCUUCCUCUGCUUGUGCUUCCUUCGCUUGUGCUUCCUCCGCUUGCGCUUCCUCUGCUUGCGCUCCUCUCCUUGUGCUUCCUCUGCUUGUGCUUCCUCUGCUUACGCUUCCUUUUUGCGCUUCCUCUACUUGUGCUUCCUUGCUUGUGCUUCCUCUGCUUGCGCUUCCUCUGCUUGUGCUUCUUCCGCAUGUGCUUCCUCUACUUGCGCUUCCUCUGCAGGUGCUUCCUCUACUUCCGUUUCCUCUGCUUGCACUUCCUCUGCUUGCGCUCCUCUUCUUGUGCUUCCUCUGCUUGUGCUUCCUCUGCUUGCGCUUCCUCUGGUUGUGCUUCCUCCGCUUGCGCUUCCUCUUCUUGUGCUUCCUCUGCUAGCGCUUCCUCUGCUUGCGCUCCUCUGCUUGUGCUUCCUCUGCUUGUGCUCCCUCUUCUUACGCUUCCUCUGCUUGUGCUUCCUCUGCUUGCACUUCCUCUGCUUGUGCUUCCUCUGCUUACGCUUCCUCUGCUUGCGCUUCCUCUGCUCGCGCUUCCUCCGCUUGUGCUUCCUCUGCUUGUGCUUCCUUUUCUUGUGCUUCCUCUCCUUGUGCUUCCUCUGCUUGUGCUUCCUCUUCUUGUGCUUCCUCUGCUUGCGCUUCCUCUGCUUGCGCUUCCUCUGCUUCUGCUUCCUCUGCUUGCGCUUCCUCUUCUUGUGCUUCCUCUUCUUGCGCUUCCUCUGCUUGCGCUUCCUCUGCUUGCGCUCCUCUACUUGUGCUUCCUCUGCUUGUGCUUCCUCUCCUUGCGCAUCCUCUGCUUGUGCUUCCUCUGCUUUCGCUUCCUCUACUUGUGCUUCCUCUGCUUGCGCUUCCUCUGCUUUUGCUUCCUCUGCUUGUGCUUCCUCUGCUUGCGCUUCUUUGCUUGUGUUUCCUAUACUUGUGCUUCCUCUACUUGCGCUUCCUCUCCUUGUGCUUCCUCUGCUUGCGCUUCCUCUGCUGUUGCUUCCUCUGCUUGUGCUUCCUCUUCUUGUGCUUCCUCUGCUUGCGCUUCCUCUGCUUGCGCUUCCUCUGCUUGUGCUUCCUCUGCUUGCGCUCCUCUGCUUGUGCUUCCUUUGCUUGUGCUUCCUCUGCUUGCGCAUCGUCUUCUUGUGCUUCCUCUGCUUGCGCUUCCUUUGCCUUGUGCUUCCUCUGCUUGCGCUUCCUUUGCUUGCACUUCCUCUGCUUGUGCUUCCUCUGCUUGCGCUUCCUCUGCUUGUGCUUUCUCUGCUUGUGCUUCCUUUGCUUGCGUUUCCUCUGCUUGUGCUUCUUCAGCUUGCGCUUCCUUUGCUUGUUCUUCCUCUACUUGUGCUUCCUCUGCUUGUGCUUCCUCUGCUUGUGCUUCCUCUGCAUGUGCUUCCUCUACUUGUGCUUCCUCUGCUUGUGCUUCCUCUGCUUACGCUUCCUCUGCUUGUGCUUCCUCUGCUUGUGCUUCCUUCGCUUGUGCUUCCUCUGCUUGCGCUUCCUCUGCUUGCGCUCCUCUCCUUGUGCUUCCUCUGCUUGUGCUUCCUCUGCUUACGCUUCCUUUUUGCGCUUCCUCUACUUGUGCUUCCUUGCUUGUGCUUCCUCUGCUUGCGCUUCCUCUGCUUGUGCUUCUUCCGCAUGUGCUUCCUCUACUUGCGCUUCCUCUGCAGGUGCUUCCUCUACUUCCGUUUCCUCUGCUUGCACUUCCUCUGCUUGCGCUCCUCUUCUUGUGCUUCCUCUGCUUGUGCUUCCUCUGCUUGCGCUUCCUCUGGUUGUGCUUCCUCCGCUUGCGCUUCCUCUUCUUGUGCUUCCUCUGCUUGCGCUUCCUCUGCUUGCGCUCUUCUGCUUGUGCUUCCUCUGCUUGUGCUCCCUCUUCUUACGCUUCCUCUGCUUGUGCUUCCUCUGCUUGCACUUCCAUUGCUUGUGCUUCCUCUGCUUACGCUUCCUCUGCUUGCGCUUCCUCUGCUCGCGCUUCCUCCGCUUGUGCUUCCUCUGCUUGUGCUUCCUCUUCUUGUGCUUCCUCUCCUUGUUCUUCCUCUGCUUGUGCUUCCUCUUCUUGUGCUUCCUCUGCUUGCGCUUCCUCUGCUUGCGCUUCCUCUAGUUGUGACUCCUCUGCUUGCGCUUCCUCUACUUGCGCUUCCUCUCCUUGCGCAUCCUCUGCUUGCGCUUCCUUUGCUUGCGCUUCCUCAGCUUGCGCUUCCUCUGCUUGCGCUCCUCUGCUUGUGCUUCCUCUGCUUACGCUUCCUCUGCUUGCGCUUCCUCUGCUCGCGCUUCCUCUGCUUGUGCUUCCUCUGCUUGUGCUUCCUCUUCUUGUGCUUCCUCUGCUUGUGCUUCCUCUGCUUGAUUUUCCUCUUUUUGUGCUUCCUCUGCUUGCGCUUCCUCUGCUUGCACUUCCUCUGGUUGUGACUCCUUUGCUUGUGCUUCCUCUGCUUGUGCUUCCUCUGCUUGCGCUUCCUCUGCUUGUGCUUCCUCUGCUUACGCUUCCUCUGCUUGCGCUUCCUCAACUCGCGCUUCCUCUGCUUGUGCUUCCUCUGCUUUUGCUUCCUCUGCUUGUGCUUCCUCAACUUGCGCUUCCUCUGCUUGCGCUUCCUCUGGUUGUGACUCCUCAGCUUCCGCUUCCUCUGCUAGCGCUUCCUCUGCUUGUGCUUCCUCUUCUUGCGCUUCCUCUGCUUGCGCUUCCUCUGCUUGCGCUCCUCUGCUUGUGCUUCCUCUGCUUGUGCUUCCUUUGCUUGCCUUGCGCUUCCUUUGCUUGUUCUUCCUCUGCUUGUGCUUCCUCUUCUUAUGCUUCCUCUGCUUGUGCUUCCUCUGCAUGUGCUUCCUCUACUUGUGCUUCCUCUGCUUGUGCUUCCUCUGCUUGA